AGGGUAGUACUUAUAAUAGUAGCACAUCCCAAUAACUGCGACAAGUUCUCAAUUUCAGUUCUCCAAAUGCCCACUGCACUUCCCUCCAAAUCGAAUUUCACUUCUUCCCACCAAAACUUUCGAAAUUGCACGUUUUUCUUCCGAAACCUUUUAAUUCCCUUAUCAAUUUCAAUUAUCAGGUAAAAUUAUCCAAUAUCUGACACCAUCAGGGUACCAAUUCGUCACUUGUAUGCUUCUGAAGGUGCCAUGGAUGGGAAUAUGAUUGCAUUAAUAGAUGGAAAGAAUGGACUUGUUGAAUAUGACAGUAGUAGGAAGAAGAGAUCACUGGUGUGGGAUCAUUUCGAAAAGAUGCCUUGUGAAAGAAAAAGCGAAGGAAAAGCAAAAUGCAUACACUGUGAGUCUGUUUUUAGCGCUACACCUAGGAGUGGAACAUCUCAUUUGAAGCGCCAUGUGGAAAGGUGUGCGAAGCGCAUAGCAAUGGACGUGCAACCAAUCUCAAUGGAUGUCGGGUUUAGUGACUUUGAAGGAAGUGGACCUAGUAUCAAGCUUGGGAAAAGAAUCUCGAAGGUUUGGCAGGAAUAUGAGUUGUUUCCAGCUCCCAAUAUGAAUGAUGCAAAGGCCAAGUGCAAGCACUGUAAGUUGGUUCUGUCUGCAGCUUCCAAAAAUGGGACGUCUCAUUUAAAGCGUCAUCUGGAUAAGUGUUCGAAACGUGUAACAUUUACAGGUAACAUAGAACAAUACUUCCUUCCUGACGUGAAGCUAGUUGAAGGGAACAAUUUAGAUAAUGCCCCGAAGGAGGUAAAUGGAACAAGUAGCUUGAAAUACGCUACUGAUGGCGAGAAUUUGGCUGAAGGAAGCAAAUCAAUUGAAAAUGGUCAGGUUGACCAAGAUGAGCUUCAAAGAUAUAUAUCAGUUUGUAUCAUCAAAGGAUCCCACCCAUUUAGCUUUGUAGAAGAGAGUGGGUUCCGAUCGAUGAUGGCUAAAGCAUGCCCCCAAUUCAAGCCAUUCAAUCGGGCAAUUGUUAGAAGAGAACUUUUUUCUAUGUAUUUGAAAAAUAGGGACAACAUCAAAGAUAUGUUGGCGAAAGCCCCUGGCCGCAUAUGUCUGACUGUUGGUAAUUUGAAAGCUAGAGACACGAAAGAUGACUAUAUUUGUGUUACUACACAAUUCAUUGAUGAAUGUUGGAAAUUGCAAAGAAGGGUUUUGUGUUUUAAAGCUUUGGCACCCCCAUAUGAUGGAACAUUUAUUGCAGAUGAAUUGGCAUGCUUAUCAUCGCAGUACAACAUCGAAAGUAAGACCUUUACAAUCACAGUCGAUGAAGCCUCUUAUGACGAGUCCACAGUUUCUUCCAUUAAGAGGGGUCUCCUCACAAAAAACACUACUCUUAGUGAUGGUCCCUUUUUUCAAAUUAAGUGCUACACUCAUAUACUGAACUUUCUUGCGCAAUCCGCCUUGAAGUUGGUUGAUGACAUUGUUGAUAGAAUCCGUGAGUUGGUAAAGUAUGUCAACAAAUCCCCACUUCAAAGGAAGAAGUUCUUUGAUCUUGCUGAGAGGACCUUUGAAUUGCAAGUGAUGAAAAGACUCAGGCUUGAUGUAAUAUAUAGAUGGAAUUCAACUUAUAAACUAAUUGAUCGUACCCUUUACUAUAAGAGUGUGUUCAAGCUUCUAGAGUCCAAACAAGAACUAAAUAACCUGUCUCUUUCUAAAGAAGAGUGGCAGAAGUUGAGCAUUAUUCAUAAAUUUCUAAGGGUUCUUUAUGAUGUAACUAGCUCAUAUUCUGGCAGCCAUAGCCCAACAGCUAACUCUUUUCUAAAGGGUUUGCUGACAAUUCAUUGUCGCUUGACGGAAAUAGCAAAAGGUCCAAAUACAUUCUUGGCUCAUGCUGUUACAGCUUUACAAGCAAAAUUUGAUGACUUCUGGAGUGAGAAUAACUUGAUUUUAUCAUGUGCUGCAAUCUUAGAUCCACGCUACAAAGUAAAAUUUGUGGAAUAUUGCUAUAUGAAACUUUUUGGUCCAGCCAAUUUCGAGGAUCGUGUUGAUAAAGUUGUAAGCACUCUCUACUGUUUGUAUGCUGAGUAUAAACGGCAAUCGAUGAAAUUUUCCCCAUCAGGUUUGGCGUCAUCUGGUGUCAAUACCAAUUUUGUGGGUGUAGAUGAUGAGGGUGACAUGUUUGGAGAUUAUGAUCAAUUUCUGAGCUCAACAUCAAAAUCACAAGGAAACAAAUCAGAAUUGGAUCUCUAUUUGGAAGAGCGGAGUUACGAUUUGAAUUCAGACUUGGAUGUGCUAGAGUUUUGGAGCAGAAACUCGAUGAGAUAUCCUAACCUCUCGUUGAUGGCGCGUGACAUUCUUUCUAUACCCGUUUUGACAGUUAAUUCUAAGGAGGCAUUUACCUUUGGGAACAAAACAUUAUCUUCUGUUCAAAGCACCGUUAUGCCCGAGACACUUCAAGCUUUAUUUUGUCUUCAGGAUUGGCUAGGCGCGGAGGAUAACUCACAUGACAGAACUGCCACAGCUGAGGAUCCUAGUGGGUCUGGUGAUGAUGCUGAUUAUGACGACGAUGAUGAUAGUGUACUUACUGAUUCUUUUUAGGUUUUGAUGUAAGCCUUGAGGAUUCAAGAUCGUUGUCACUUAAACUAGGAUUAUUAUCUUGUAGUGAAUAGACAUUUGUGCAGUAUGAGGCCGCACUUGAUAGGUUCAAGCUAUCUGAUGUUACUAUGAUCAUUAAUUCUCUUGUGUAUAUUCACCCUGCUAUAGAGGACAUGACGAUGAUUAGUUUAAUAGGAUGUGAUGUGUUAGCUCUUCAAUCAUAUGAAUUAAGUUUGUUA